UGGUGAACAAUCGUUGCUUGACGGUUGUGGUUGCUUUGCUUUGCUUGGUUUACCGAAAAUAUUGAAUUGAUUUUAUUAUUGAAUAAUUUCUGAAAUAUGUUUGAUAACUCCAAGCAAAUUUUGUAAUCUUACAUCAACAACAUAAACCUAAGAAGAAUUUUCUAUUGUAUGUGAGAACUGUGUUGUGUGGACUGUAACACUUUGGUAGAAAUUAAGGUUAUUUGUGAUUUGGACUAGAUAAAAAGGAUUUUAGCUGAUUAUUCGCAAAUUUUUCAUCCAAAAUGGGUGUACCGAAGUUCUUUAGGUACACCAGUGAAAGGUAUCCUUGCCUUAACGAACUGGUGAAGCAGUAUCAGAUACCUGACUUUGACAACAUGUACUUAGACAUGAAUGGUAUAAUCCACAACUGCUCUCAUCCGGAUGACUCCAACCCACAUUUCCGUAUCACUGAGGAGAAGAUAUUCAAGGAUAUAUUCCAUUAUAUCAGCAUAUUGUUUCAAAUCAUUAAGCCUAAGAAGUUGUUCUUUAUGGCUAUUGAUGGUGUAGCUCCUAGGGCUAAGAUGAACCAGCAGAGAGGAAGGAGAUUUAGAUCUGCAAGAGAAGCUGAGAAUUUGGAAGAGCAAGCCAAAUCAAAAGGUGAAGUUUUACCCACUGAGAAGAGGUUCGACAGCAACUGCAUCACACCUGGAACUGUGUUCAUGGCACGUUUGCACGAGCAGCUGAGAUACUUUGUGAAGACAAAGAUGUCUACUGAUCCACUCUGGUCCAAAGUCAAAGUUAUACUGUCUGGACAUGAGACUCCUGGUGAAGGAGAACAUAAAAUAAUGGACUAUAUUCGCUGGGCGCGCUCACAACCGGACUACGAACCCAAUACAAGGCACUGUCUAUAUGGUUUGGACGCAGAUCUCAUUAUGCUGGGCAUGUGCACACACGAGCCACACUUUGCUCUGCUCAGGGAAGAGGUAAAGUUCGGCAAAACAACCCAACGAGCAACAAGCCCUGAAGAAACCAACUUCUAUUUGCUCCAUCUAUCCCUAAUGAGGGCUUAUUUGGAACAAGAAUUCAUAUCUAUUAAGGACAAGUUACCAUUUGAAUACGAUAUAGAGAAGAUAGUGGACGACUGGGUUCUGAUGGGGUUUCUUGUGGGCAACGACUUUAUACCACAUUUGCCUAACAUGCAUAUCAGCAAUGACGCGCUACCGCUCUUGUAUAAGACUUAUAUGAAUGUACUUCCGACUUUAGAUGGUUACAUAAAUGAAGCGGGAGACUUAAAUCUAGCAAGGUUCGAAACAUUCAUGCAAGAGCUAGCCAAGAUUGAUAAGGAAAAGUUCCAAGAUACCUACACAGAUUUAAAAUACUUUGUGGCGAAAACCGGCAGAAGACCUAACGCUAUGGAGCGUAAAGAGUAUAAACCUAACAAUGACGACACGUUCAACGUGAAUAUAGAGGAUAUCAAAGAAAACAAACCAGACGACGAACUGCAAGCGCUGAUCAAUGCAACACAGGAAAUGUACAUGGAUGAUAUGGAAAAUGACGAUGACUAUGAAGAAACUAGUGACGAGGAAAUGACUAUGGAAACAGAGUUUAUUUUACAUAAAAAGGACUACUAUAUGAAUAAGUUAGAUUAUUCUAAAGUAACAGACGAGGUGCUCGCAGACCAAGCAGAAGGCUACGUCCGCGCGAUCCAGUGGAAUCUAUACUACUACUAUAAAGGAUGUCCGUCCUGGUGUUGGUACUACCCACAUCACUAUGCGCCCUAUAUCUCAGAUAUUAGAGGCUUCAAAGACCUCAAGAUUGAGUUUGAGCUUGGAGAACCCUUUAAGCCUUUUGAGCAGCUACUAGCCGUGCUCCCGGCAGCCAGUAAGCAUCUGUUGCCGACACCUUUCCAUGAUUUAAUGACGGACGAAGAUUCGCCAAUAGUGCACUACUACCCGUUGCACUUCGAAACCGACCUCAACGGGAAGAAGAACGAUUGGGAGGCUGUGGUCUUGAUACCUUUCAUUGACGAAACCAAUCUCUUAUCAGCGAUGUCUCCGUGCUAUCAGAGGCUAACCGAAGAAGAAAUGAAACGUAAUAUGCACGGACCCAUGCUAGUUUAUAAUUGGACACCGGAAAACUUAGGUGAAAUAGUUGCGCCGCAAUACUUCGCCCCCAUAGCAGCAAACCACGCCAUAGAGACGGCGGUGUGGAGGACAGAGCUGGACGUUCCCGACCACCAGCUCAAGAGGGGCAUGCUGCCUAAUGUCGACCGGGAUAUAUUGUAUCCCGGAUUUCCUACUAUGCGGUAUAUGAAAUUCGAGACAACCAUAAAGAAAUGCAAAGUGAAAGUGUUCGACCAGCCGUCUCGGAACGAGAGUAUGAUCAUACAAAUCAUUCCGUCGGAGAAUACCGACCCGCCGCUGGAGGAAGUGGCUGAGAAGUUGCUGGGCAAGAUUAUAUGGGUUGGCUGGCCGCAUCUCACUCGAGCCAAAAUAAUAUCAGUGUCGAACGAGAAGAAACGCCUGCAUCACAUCGACAAACAGAACAACAAUGUGAACGGAGUGAGCUUCUCGACUGAGCUCAACAUGGGCAAUCUGCAUCGGCAGUGGAUAUCCGAGCGAUCCACUAUCAUUGAACACAAUAUGAAUCGCCUUGGCAUUGAACUGGGUGACGUGAGUGUUAUAGUUCACGCAGUUAACCUCAGAGGUUAUAAAUACAUAAUUCAAGAUAACGUCAGCAUGGUAAGGGAAGAGGAAUGGUGUAAAGUCGCCUGUGGCUACGCGUUGCAAGGCGUGGUGUCGGCCGUGGCCACGCAAAUGCAGCCGCCGACCAAAUUCCUCACUCCUAGACAAGCAUACCCACCUGGCGACCACUGCUUUUUGCUUACCAAUGGACAGUAUUAUGGAUGUAUGGCCACAGUGGUAAGCUCGGAAGCGAUAAAAAGCAGUCGUAUCAAGGUGAACGUGCGCGAGUGUGUGGAGCCCACGCCCAAAGUCCACGCGGCCGCCUGCCCCUACCGCGCCGCCAACCACGCCGCCGCCGCUUGUGGUGUAAGCACACAGAUGCUGUCGCGCAUAACGGGUGCUGUAUUGGUCGUCAUUGGUGAGAGGAACGAUCUGCCCACAGAGAAACAGAAUAAACUCAACAUAGGACUCAAUCUAAAGUUUAACAAAAAAAACCAAGAAGUAUCGGGCUACACACGCCGCUGCAAACUCACUAACGCGUGGCUAUACUCCGAGCGAUGCAUCGAGCUCGUUAAGGCUUACGCACGCCAGUUCCCAGACCUGUUCGACAAGCUCGUGUAUUCCAUGAACAACGAUAUAUUCUUCGAGAGUGAUCUAUGGCCUGACGAAAUGGGACAAAAGAAACCCCAGGAGGUAGUGCAAUGGAUCAAAAACCAACCUCAUAGCACAGCGAUGCGUCGUGAGUGCGGCUCUGACGCAUUAGAGCCUGAGGAGAUGAAGGCGCUUUACAAUACGCUGCAGCAAGAGUUGGCCGAGCUGAAGAGCCAGGAGAAGAGUGUCACUCUUCACGUAAAGUGGAACCUGCUCUUUAAGCCGGAACUCCACGAAGGCAACGUCCAACCGGACCCUAAGGCCGACUUCAAAAUGUACGACCGAGUUAUAUGCGUGGCCCGGAACAUUACAGCACCGCUAGGAGCCAAAGGCACCAUAACAGCAGUGUACCAACCUUCCGAUGGCAACACUGUGAGAUUAUCAGACAAAAUGAACGCGCAGCCAACUUACCAAGUGAUGUUUGACGAACCCUUUCCCGGAGCUCAAACUGAGGAUUUGUUUGAAGACGCGAGGUUCUACAGGAUGUUACCGACAAACAUGCUAUGCAUAUCGUACGGCCGCAAGCUACGCGACUCGGUGAGCUGCGCGGAUACGCAGCCGUUCACUUACAACAGGCCUAUCAUACUGCGCAGAGAGGACGGCCACCAUUCCGCUUUCGCCAGCUACAGCCCGCCAAGAGACAUCAUAUCACCUGCCACGGAAACUCGCCCUGCUGUUGUGAACAACAAUAUCAAGAAUGGACCUCAAGAACAGGACAAUGCUACAAGUCUUUUAAAAAGCUUAUUGAAGAUAAGCGAAGGCGAACCAGACACUAACAAAAACAAGGCGCAGAAGUUUCCAGAACCUUACGAAAGUUGGCGCGUUGUGAAUGAUACGCCACACACGUCAAAUACGUCAACCCCAAACUCUAUUCCCGCGUUUUGGAAUUUGUUUUCCGGAGCGUCCAACUGGCGCUCACACGCGAGCAAAGACAACAACCGCGUGCCGCCGACGUACAACGACUGGACCAAGGGUGGAUAUAAGAAUCAGCCACCGAUGCCGCCAUACCCAACAUUUGCUCAACCCUUCCAAGGCCCUGGACCAAGUCAGGUGCCGUUCCCACAGAUAAACUAUCCUCGCAACCAGUUCGGCUACCAAGAUCGCAACCAGGUGCCGCCGCGCAACCAACAGAACAACCAUAAUUACAAUAACCAAGGCAACCAGAGUAAUUUCGGAAACCAGCAAGUUGGCAACCAAGGCAAUUUUGGCAACCAGCAAGUUAGCAACCCAGGCAACUUCAGUAACCAGAAAGUUGGCAACCAUGCGUUCCCCAAACAUCUUCCAAAUGUCGAUCAAACAUUUUCGUUCAGUUCGUCUAAAGGACAGAGCUUACAAUCGACGUCGAAACCCGACAAACCUGCUCCUACACAGUUUGUAAGCAAUGGCGACAAGUUGAACAAUCCCUUCAUUCCUUUGCAAGCGCAAACGAGUAUUGUUCAUAGACGGCAGCAAAACUUAAGCGGGCCGUCGUCUCGGAAGGAUGUGGAAGUGCCGCCGCAGAACCCGCCGCCGCCGCCGCAGCCCCUUGUGCAAGCAGUUCCUCAAAAACAGCAAGCGACCUCCAAACCGCUAAGGAAGAAGAAAACUAGAAUAGCGGCAAAUCUGCCCUUCCAAUUGGAUUAAUGAAUAUUGUAUAGUUGUUAAAUAAUUCACCAAUCAAAUGAUUAAACAAAUUUACAUUUUACAAAUCAUCGUUGACAAAUAAGACGUAUUAAUUAUAUUUAUACAACAAAAUGUUCAAUAUUAGUAGCUAGUGAAUUUGGAUUAAUACGUACGUAAUGCGUAGUAUUAAUACAUAGACAACACAGAGUUUUUUCCUAUUCUCACUUAUCAAGAUAUGAAACUUGGUGGGGAAAAAAUAUUAUGUUGAUUUAACUUUGUGGCGCCACUUUUAAAAUAUUUCUGUGUUUCAUACCUAACCUAGACAAAAAUUUCCCGAUGUUAGAUUCUACAAAAAACUUACUUAUUUUUACUUUUCGAUAUCAAUUAAGAUUAAAUUGUUUAUCGACAUAAACAAUUUUUCGAGGUUGAAACUUAGUGAAAAUAGAAAUAUUCUUUUGAGAUGAUCUCAGACAAAAAAGCAUGUUUCAUGUCUCGAUAGGAUUUUUUCUUAUAGUUCAUUUCGUACGUGCUUACACGCCGGAAUUCGUACGAAAACGCAAAUAAUGUAAGCAUGGCCUAAGGGUGCUUGUCAACUGAAGCUUUAGUACACAGGCAUCCUUAAACUUUUGUCCUACCGUCUUGACGCCGCUUGAGGGCUAAUUUGGCACUAGUUGAAAAUAUGCAGAGGUGCUAUUAUUUCAUUUCACACAACCUUUAAACUUUUUCUAAAUUCUAAAACAAGUGUAAGGUCGACUGGCACCAAUUUUUAAAAUGUGUUUAACUUGAAUUUUUAAUCCUUGUCCUUUCUUUGUCAAUUCUGGAAUAAAUUUGACAAAAAGAGACAACAUUUCAAAAUUUAACCAAACCAGACCAAAAAGUUUGGUGCAAGUGAGCCUAAAUGUAAUUCUACCUUUUUUUUAGUUUGCAUUGAUAUCAUCGCUAAUGUGAUUAAUAUUUAAAAAUUCAAAAUCCUCAAGUUUACUGCCUGUCCAUCUCAAAGAUUCGAGUGACUUUUUGCGUAAAAAAAUUUUACCAAAUUGACCGUAGACGAUUAAGGUCCGAUUUCAUGUCAGGCUGUUAAAGUUACGUUACCGUCAAACUUUAACCACCAGUGAAAAGUGAAGGAAUAAAUAGUAGCUAGUGCAAUCCAUUUUGGUUGCACAAGUUACUAUUCAUACGUCCGUGAUUAAGGUUAAAGGUAAAAUGGUUCAAAGUUAACAAAUCCUUAGUUGUUAACAGUACAUUUUGGGUAUACUGUAAUUUUAACCGUCCAUCAUGCAAGUAGGCUUUAGUCUAGUGCCGGUAGUUAUAUUUACAAAAGAUUUUUUGUGUUAUUAAUUAGUGCCAACUGCCAAACACCCUGAUGAACUCAUAUUGAUAAUAUAUUAUUUAUAGAUUAAUAAUAUAUUUGUACAUUUUGUAAAUAUUAUAAGCGGUGAGAACUAUUUUGAGAUGUAGCGUAUAUUGUGAAGUGGUAGCUAAGUAUAUGAUCCAAGUUCCUUAAUUAAGAUUUUAGGUACAUAUUUAUUUUACAUUUUGACACGCUGUUUUGUGAAACAAAGUAAAAAAGUAACUUCCCUCACUAAUAAAAACGCCUUAAGGCGCUAUAUGUGAAUUCACACCUGCGCACACGCACACCACUCGCGAACACGUCCACACUAUGUUCUCAUGAUGCGCGUUAUCAUACGGUUAGUGCGCGUGCGCAGGUGUGGAUCAGUUCUAAAAGUUCAACGCAUACCUGCAGAGUGUAUUGGAGCUGAUAUGAUUUAUGAUAGGUAACAACUAAAACUCAGCUUUAUUUACUUUUCCUGUAAGGCUCAUUUUAACAUAACAUUGGUAUUUAAUAAAAAUAAAAAAAAACUUUGCUCCAAACACUGAAACAUUUCUUAAAUGGGACGCCUUAUGAAAUUUCCGUCAGUCUUUUCGAACUGUACCUGCGCGGACCCGCUCUCGCAACUAAUUUCUCAGCUGUCAAAAAGAUUGAUUGGCAAUGUCAACGCAAACUGAGCAGCACAACGAUUGAACAGUUUUAAUUGAUAAUGAACUAAAUCACAACUGAAAUAGAGUUCAAAAUAGCGUGCAAGAGAUAACUCCGUGUGGAUUUGCUUAUGCACGCUAUUUUGAACUCUAUUUUAGUUGUGAUUAAGUUAAUUAUCAUUUUAUCAAUGAUAACUGCUCAAGCACUUUACUGUCCAAUGUGCGUUAACCCUGAAGUUGCAGUUGCUGGGUACAACUUUUAUACUUUAUCCACGGAGAGAAGUUAUUAUAGUUAAUCCCAUAGAAAUAAAUGACAGACAAAAACUCAGUGGGCAUUAACCAUUUUGAGUCACCAACCAAUCAAAAACGGAAUAUGUUUUCGAAUUGAAUUUCGAAUGUUUUUUGAAAACAUGUUUGUGAUUGGUUGGCCACUCAAUAUGGUUGCCUAUUGGUUAACGCCCACUGAGUUUUUUGUCUAUGUCAUUUGUGUGGGAUUACGUAACAGAGUAAACCGUACACUAACUAUUAGCUAUUCUAGUUAACACUGAAGACCCGAUAGGCAGAUCUUCUAUUUUCAGGAACGCAGGAAAGAACAAUAAAGUUAUCUUCACCGGAGUGUGUGUCCAACGGUUUAUUUGACAGUUCUUAUAUUAUAUAGGUACAAUUUUGACCAUAGAUUAGCUUAGGCCCGAUCUAUAGUAAAUAGGACAUGAAUGCACUAUCAGCUUAUAAUAUCAAGCGUUAACACUAACUUCUCUUCGUGGAUAGAGUGUAGAAGCUGUAGCAAACGUACCGUCGAGUGUUUUGUGUAUUUCAGAUUAAAAGUAUAUUUCUUCAUUAGGCAUCUUUGCGCACUGUAUUGUUUUUCAAGUAAUGUGAAUCUGUCUUAUUCCUGGCAAUAAAUAUAAUUAGUCACGUA